AUGCCACGACCCACACGAGGAAAUAUAGGUCGACGAACGCGUCAUGCAAAUGCUACGGCAUUACAAAGGCGAUCACAGACUCCAGAUGAACGAGCACAAGAUAAUGCAUCGCAGCGUGAACGUAAUGCACGAAAAAGAUCUGUUGUACCUGAAAUUAUGCGUGCUGCUUUUAAUUACAACAGUCAGAUUAAUUACAGUAUGUACGGAUAUAUUGGAAUAAUGGACACAAUAUGUCCACAUUGUGAUGCGGCUAAAUUUCCAGGUGAAACGCCCGGCAUGUGUUGUACUAAUGGCAAAUGGGACGACAUCAAAAACAAUUUAUUUGCAGGACAGUCGACAACCGAUCGUCAUGACAUUACUGCGCGUGUUUUUCGGCAAAAAUGUAAAGCACUUAUGGAUUUAAUUGUGAAAUUAUAUGUAUUUGGGGAGGUGCGUUGCCAUAUGUACUCCAUCGAAUGGCAGAAAAAGGGAUUGCCGCACGCACAUAUACUAAUUUGGCUGGUACAUAAAAUAACUCCGGAUCAAAUCGAUAACCUUAUAUUAGCUGAAAUUCCUAAUCACACUGCUGAUCCUGAGUUAUUUCAAGUUGUCGUUAAAAACAUGAUACAUGGACCGUGUUCGAAACGAUACCCAAGGCAAUUUACUUCAGACACAAUAACGGGCAAUGACGGAUAUCCGUUGUAUCGACGUAGAGCACCUAAUGAUAAUGGCAAAACGGCAACCAUUAGAAUGCAUAACCAGGAAGUUGAAGUUGAUAAUCGUUGGGUGGUUCCGUAUUCCAAAUUAUUAUCGAAAAUAUUCAACGCUCAUAUAAAUGUGGAAUAUUGUAAUUCUAUCAAAUCCAUUAAAUAUAUUUGCAAGCAUGUAAAUAAAGGGAGCGAUAUGGCUAUUUUCGGUGUUGCUGGUGAUAAUAGAAAUGAUGAAAUUACUCAGUAUCAAAUGGGUCGCUAUAUUAGUAGCAAUGAAGCUGUCUGGAAGAUUAUAUCGUUUCUAAUGCACGAAAGACAUCCGGCGGUUGUUCACUUGGCUGUACAUCUUGAGAAUGGCCAACGUGUUUAUUUUAAUGUAGCAAAUUUAUUGGAAAGAGCAGCGGAACCACCAGCAACUACGUUAACAGCUUUUUUCAAAUUAUGCGAAACUGAUACAUUUGCGAUAACUUUGUUAUAUUCAGAAGUGCCUCAGUAUUACACAUGGAAUGUGUCUUUGAAAAAAUUUCAAAGACGUAAACAAGGAACAGCAGUUCAUGGGCAUCCUGGCACUUUCCAAACAGAUGCAAUUGGCAGAAUAUAUACAGUACAUCCAAACAAUGUUGAGUGUUUUUAUUUGAGAUUGUUAUUAGUUAACGUAAAUGGACCAAAAUCAUUUCAAGAAUUGAGAACAGUCAACGGUCAUGUGUGUGAAACAUACCGUGAAGCAUGCCAACUUUUGCAUUUGUUGGAGGAUGAUGCACAUUGGGAUUCAACAUUUCAUGAUGCAUCUAUUUCGGCUCAUCCUCAACAAAUACAAAUGCUGUUUGCCGUUAUAUUUUCAACAUGUAUGCCAUCAAAUCCACUUGAAUUAUGGAAUAAAUAUAAACAUAAUAUUGCAGAAGAUAUUUUAAUUCGUAUGCGUCAUCAUGCAAGAAAUCCUGAUUUGUUGAUAACUUUGGAAAUGUACAACGAAGCUUUGAUAAUAAUUGAAGAUAUGUGUCUACGGAUUGCAAAUAAAACAUUAGUACAAUUGGGUAUGACCGCACCAAAUCGUGACAUGCAUGAUCUGUUUGAUUGUGAAUUGCAACGUGAGCAGGAAUUCAAUUCUAAUGAUUUGCGUUUAUUUGUACAAUCGAAUAUAACCAAAAUGAAUAUUCAGCAAAAAACAUGUAUAUGA